ACUUGUGUCGAUGCCAGCGGUGUCGCAACAGGUUUCUCAACCAGGCUUUUGCAAAUGCGAGGAAAAAAGUGGAAUAACAGGAGUUGACGGUCAAGCGGAGCAGCGUCGACUGCUGACACGUUUUUACACGAAUUAGACCAUAAAUCAGCAGUCGCAAACCACCGCACGGUCGUUUGCAGAAAAUUCAGGUCGCCUUGGAAGAAUGAUAAGACACAUAAUGUCUCUUAUGGGGUGAAUGAGGCUGGGUUUGUGGGGAAGGCCUAUUUUGCAAUCAGCUAACUUAACACCGCUGAUAUGGGUCAGUGGAAACGUCGGUUGCGCGGCGCCGUUCGUCUUCAAUCAUCUUUUUGUUUCCUGUAAAGUAGGUUAGGUCUUUGCCGGCUGCCGAGCGCUCGUCGAUGAAAAUGGAUGAAACCGAUUUCACUCCGACUCAUCAUGACUAGAGCGCAUUGAUUCAUGCUCGCAAGAGCGAGCGCAGCCAGCAGCUUUCAUUCACAAAAACCUGCAGCGGACAGAAUCAGUAUUGCUAAAUGCUGCUUUAGAGAGAAGACGUGCAAGGCACCAGCCUACACAUGGAGUCCAGGGUUCCCCACCACAUCCCCGGAGUGUCCUCCUCCCUCAUAUCCCAGCCCCUGCUGGACAGUCGAGUGCCCUACGGCCGCCUGCAGCACCCUCUCACCAUCUACCCCAUCGACCAGAUAAAGUCCUCGCAUGUGGAGAACGACUACAUCGACAGCCCCGCCGUCGUCUCCCAGCAGCCCCCGAGUCAGAAGUCUGUGAACCGAAGAAUCACAUGGCUCGGUCAGAAUCAGGAGGCCUUCCUGGGGGCGAACCACAACCAUCAUCACAAUCACCAACACCAGCACCACCAGCAGGGCAGGUGCGAGCCCCACCCUCACCAGGACACCACCACCCACCCUUGGAUUUCCUUCAGUGGGAGGCCCAGCUCUAUCAGCAGCAGCAGCAGCACCUCGUCCGAUCAGAGGCUGCUGGACCACGCUGCGCCCACUCCGACGGUGGACCACCACCCAAACCUGCACCCCCACCAGGGCCCCGCCAACACAAUCACUACCCGAACUCCAGGCUGCUUCACUUCCUCUGAAUCAAAAGUCCUCACCUCCUCUUCCUCCUGCUCCUCCUCCUCUAAAUCGCUGGACCUCAAGUCUGCAAAGAUACCCGCAGGAGGUGUGUGCACCGCUGGAGGCCAGCAGGGGUUGGCGCUGAUCCCUUCCUCCCCAGCCGAGAAGAAGCACCUAAUUCUCUGCGAGCACUGCGGGAAGUGCCGAUGCACGGAGUGUACGCUCCCCCGAACCCUACCCUCUUGCUGGGUCUGCAACCAGGAGUGCCUGUGCUCUGCUCAGAGCCUGGUGGAUACAGCCACCUGCAUGUGCCUGGUCAAAGGGAUCUUCUACCACUGCACCGAGGAUGAGGACGACGAGGGCUCCUGCGCCGACAAGCCCUGCUCUUGCUCCCAGGCCAACUGCUGCGCGCGUUGGUCCUUCAUGGCUGCCCUUUCCGUCGUCCUGCCUUGCCUGGUCUGCUAUCUGCCCGCGACCGGCCUGGCCAAACUGGGACAGAAGUGUUACGACAAUGUUAGCAGGCCCGGAUGCCGCUGCAAGAACUCGCAGGGCGGCGUGAGCGCCCCUGUGUGUAAAAACGGAGGUGUGGCAGCAAAAGUUGGGACACUAGAGAAGCAGCAGCAGGGGUCAUGAUACUGGACCAAACUGGCUGCAGUAGCGUUGCUAAAAAACAUGGACAGGACCACACAGUACUUGCUUGCUCUCUAUGGAUAGGACAAUCCAACACCAACCCCUUAAACUACCCCAUUAAUCUGCUGGAAGAUGACUUAUGUAAAACAAAGGUACUUAAAUGGCUUCUUGACCUAUGUUUGAUAGGGUGGAUGAUCAACAGGGGCCUGAUCUGAGAGAGUUGGCUUGUAGGAAAAGCUAACAGCCCCUCUGAGAUGUUUUUUUUUUGUAUGAGUGUGACAAGAAGAAGAGACUAGAUUGUGGGACUGAUGUUUGUGUUGUUUUGGAAAGAUGGCUGAAGGCACAAAGUCAUUGUACCUCUCUGCUGCUCUGUAUUUCACAGCUAAUUUUGUAACAGUAACUAACCAGAAGCUGGUUGCUGAUCCUCGGAUAACACGAAAGUUAUUGGAUGGAGAUAAAUAUUUGUAAACCCCCUCCCACCCCCAAAAGCACAGCCCAGUGUCCCUCUGUCUGAACAAACACAAAAACAAGUGAUUACCUAUACUGUGGCUUUAUGAUAGGCCACCGCGGGAGUGAAACCACCACUUACUCACUCACUCUCUCCACUAUUAUGAUGAUCACCAUCUUUUAGUGUCGCCCUUUUUCCUCUUUUAGCUUAAAGAUGCUAGCUUGGUGAUGCUAAUGAUUUAUCUCCACCGGGGAGCUGUAAAGACAAACCUUUUGAGACUUUAAAAUAAUAGUAAUUUCCUAUAAUUCUCAGCCUGCAUUGUGCAUAAGCAGUUGUGAGAGGCAACUGAGAGAGAGAUAAUCACUUUUCGGUGUGUUUCCUAUUUUGUUUUUGGGGGGUGGGGGUGAAGUCCAGACAUUUUUAAAGAUUUUGAAUGCUGUUCACCAAUCACCUCAGAGGUAAUGCAUGUCAUGACCUGCAUGCUCUAGUCUAAUGGUUACCCACCGUGCUAGAAGUCGAUGUGUUGUAGAGAAAUGUGUCAAAAAAAAAAGAGAAAAAAGUACACCCAACCUUCUCAGGGACUGUUACAGUAAUCCUCUCAAGAACUUGGCCUACAGCAUGUUGAUUUCUAAACUGCCUAAGAGCCUGGUCUACUUCCUCUUUGCACAAGAAGGCAAAGAAACAUUUAGGGGCAAAAAGGCAAUAGUGAAUAAUUUAAAGCAAGUAAGCUAAGUGGGAGACAAACUGGCCAGAAAAUGACGUUUCCGGGGGAGAGGGGACGCAAGUGAUGGAGAGCAAAGAGGAGGAGAGAAGGCAUAGCAAAGUCGUCGUUGUGUUUGUGUCUAGUCAGCCUUUGUCGGAAUCAAACCUGCCACUUGCACAACCUUUUUAGGAAGACGCAAACCCCUUCAAGGAUGUACUAAAGCACAGUAUUAACCACCUCAGCUAUCUCGCGUUACGUUUGCGUGCACUGCGUUUAGUCCACACACCUCAGCCCCCCCUCAACACAGUGUCUUCAUUAAAUUCUAAUCAUGAUGCUGCAUCGCUGCGUUAGUCGGAUAGCCUGUCUUUUAUUCUUAUAGUCUAUUUUUGUGGCUUGCAUGACAUUCCUAGGACUUUGCCAAAGGAAGCUAGCAUACAGUAGCUUGUUUUUCGCUGUCUGAGUGGUCGCAGUUGUUACGCACUCUUGCCAAACGGAGUCGACGGCAGUUGGUUCUCAAAGGCACGCUGCCCUUUAAUACAGAUGGCCUUUUCUGUUUGGCAUAAAGGCAUACUGUCUUUGUUGCUCCAUAACACACACCUCUCUUUCAUGUUGGACCCUCAACUUCCACGAGGGCGCCUUACUUUGCUCAUACUUGUAUUUGUCUUGUUGCACAAAGCUGAUUUCACAAAAAAAAAGGAAAGAAAAAAACACACUGUCCUUAGUCUUGAAUGUAUGAGGCAAUAUUUUCAAAACCUAGCAAUUCAGUCCAAGGGAAAGGUGCCAAAACUGAAGAAUGAUUGUGUGACUGGGCGAGGGCCCAGCACCUGCAGGUGGGCGACAAAAAUCACAAAUGUUUUGACAAUAUAUUUAGUAAUAGAGCUAUGCAGGUGAAAUGUUAUUUGCUGUAAAUAGUUUCACAACAUUUGUGUUCUUUAGAAGAGACUUUUAAAUGUCCUUGAAAGAUUGCAUGGUACAUUAUAACUACAAUUCAGUACAAAAUAUAUAGAGAAUAUAUUAGAUAUAUAUUUUGAGGGUAAGAUGUUUUUGAGGAUGUGAGAAAGAGAAACGAGGGAGGGUGGUGAGAGGAAGGUUGGGGGGGGGGGGCACAAAAAUGACAGGUCUUUCUAUCACUAGCACUUCAUUUAGAAAAGUGUGCCCGGCAAUAAAAAAAAAAAAAAAAAGAAUAAGACUCCUGCUGUUUAUGCUAUCCAUGGCUCAUUAGCAGUCGAGAGGCUAAGCUAAUUCCCCAGUUCCUCUCUGAGUCCUAAAGACUGUGGACUCAUUGAAUCCACACAGGGAACACAAUCUACCCCUAUCCGGAUCAACCCAUUUCCCGCUGUUACUGCUCAGCGUCUCAGCUCUCUCCCCUCUUUUUCUCUUCUCCACCCCCCCCUCCUCUCUUCCCUCUUCUUCCCUCCUUCCUCCCUGAGAAAUUGUCCAACAAACACCCCUGGCCUUGAUUGACAAACACAGCUGCUGUGCAUAAACUUGUCAUACCACAGAGACGGCAGAGAAAGACAAGUCUGUCUCUCUUUCUCUCCGUCCUCCCCCUCCUCUUCCUCGUCUUUGUUUUCCUCUCGAGUUGUGUUCUGUGCCGUCUUUUUAACCAGCGGACCUCUUUUUUAAACAGUCGCUGCCUUUGUUUUCUUUCACUUCUCAGCUCUGUCACUGCAAGAGUAAUGUUCUUCACUUCACGUUAGCUUUAUACUUUAACAUGUGCUCGCUAGCCUGUUCAAGGUGUGGAAUAACCACCAACAACGACAAGUCGACGAUUAUAACCUUUUUAUCCUAUUUUUUCCCCCUAUGCUACAAUGCUGUGACUUUUACACACCCAUACCCUUUGUGCCGCUCGUUUGCGGGCACCAACUUUUUUUUUUGAUUUUCAACUCUAAGAGGAAAAGUCUCAUGCAGCUGGGUGAUGCUACUCCAUUCCUUUAUGCCUUUGCAAUGUCAAUGUUGGGGAUUAAGAACGAGAUCUGUGCUUUUGUUUUGUUUAGAUACAACAAAAAGAAAAAAAAUCUCUCAUAUAAAAGGUUCCCUUUAUAGAUAUAUUUAUUUUGAAGUUCUAUUUUAUAUAGUAUUUAUUUAGAUGCCAACUUUUUGUUCGUGAAGAAAGCUUAUGUCGAAAUGGAAUGUACAUUGACAAUGGAAAUAUAUAUUGUUAAAUAUA